GUUUUGGGCUGUGCGGGGACCCGUAGUGCGGGAACACGUGUUGUGUGUGCGGGAGUGAUCAUGGCGGGUCUGGAGCUGCUGUCGGAUCAGGGGUACCGGCUGGACGGGCGCAGGGCGGCGGAGCUGCGGAAGCUGCAGGCCCGGAUGGGGGUGUUCGCUCAGGCGGACGGGUCGGCCUACCUGGAGCAGGGAAACACCAAGGCGCUGGCGGUGGUGUACGGCCCGCACGAGGUCAGAGGGUCCCGCAGCAGGACCCUGCACGACCGCGCCGUCAUCAACUGCCAGUACAGCAUGGCCACGUUCAGCACUGCGGAGAGGAAGCGCCGGCCGCACGGCGACCGCAAGUCCAGUGAGAUGAGUCUCCAUCUGAAACAGACCUUCGAGGCUGCUGUCCUCACCCAGCUCUACCCACGCUCCCAGAUCGACAUCUACGUUAAAAUCCUGCAGUCGGACGGUGGGAACUACAGUGCGUGUGUGAACGCCGCCACUCUGGCCCUGGUGGACGCGGGGAUCCCCAUGCGGGACUAUGUGUGCGCGUGCACCGCGGGCUUCGUGGAGGACACGCCGCUGGCGGACCUGUGCCACGCGGAGGAGAGCGGGGGCGGCACCACGCUGGCCCUGGCUCUGCUGCCCCGCAGCGAGAGCAUCGCCCUGGUGCAGAUGGACGCUCGGCUCCACCAGGACCAUUUGGACCCGCUUAUGGAGGCAGCGAUGACAGCCUGUAAGGGCCUCAGUAAAGUGCUGGACAGUGUGGUGCGGCAGCAUCUGCAAGAAGUGUCUGUGCAGACCAGAGAGUAGAGAGUCUUCCUGAAUGCCAUCUUAAAUACACUGUAUGGACAAAAGUAUUGGGACACCUCCUCGUUUAUGUUUCUUCUGAAAUCAAAGAUGCGGAUUUCAUAUUUCAGCAGGACUUGGCACACUACACACACUGCCAAAAGUACCAUUUGGUCUUAUCUACUAUUCAAAUUUACAGUUUUUUCUUUCUUUUUUUAUUGUCUGUAAGCCAUAAUUAUCAACAAUAAAAGAAAUAAAAGCUUAAAAUA